CCUAUCUUCAUGGUCUCCCCACCUGUUUCUCUCUUCCGGUACUUCAUUCGGCCUCGCUACAUAUAUAUAGCCAGAAUCCUUGCUGGAUAUAUAUGACAGUGUGUUCCUGGCCAUCGAGUCGAGCUGAUCGAGAAAAGACAAGGAAAAGGCUGGCCCACAAUGAAGCUGAGAAUCUUUAUGAGGUACUUGAUCCUCGCGGCAAUAUUGACCGUCACGCUUGCUACGUUUGGUAAGGAGCACGUGCAUAUUAGGAUCCACGUGCCAGAGAUAAUUCAACACGAGGAAAAGAAGGUGAUAAAAUACGAAGAUCAUGGUGGACACGAUCAUGGAGGUGGAGGAGGUGGAGGAGGAGGUGGUGAUACAAUAAUAAUUACAUCACCUGGAGGUGGUGGUCAUGGAGGCGGAUUUGGAGGAGGACAUGGAGGCGGAUUUGGUGGCGGACACGGAGGUGGAUUUGGUGGAGGACACGGAGGUGGCCAUGGAGGAGGUGGUUUUAGCGGACAUGUCAGUUUUGGAGGAGGUGGCCAUGGAGGUGGUCAUGGAGGUGGCGGUGGUUUUGGAGGUGGCCACGGGGAUGUUAUAAUAUCAAGUUCCGGAGGUGGCUACGGAGGCGGUGGGUAUGGAGGCGGUGGUGGAUCGAUUAUCGAGCAUCAUGGUGGCGGAGGAGGAUUCGGUGGAGGCGGUGGCGGAGCAAUUAUCGAACAUCAUGGUGGUGGAGGAGGAUUUGGAGGAGGUGGUGGCGGAGCCAUAAUUGAACAUCAUGACAGUGGAGGAUUUGGAGGUGGAGGCGGUGGAUACGGAGGUGGAGGCGGAUAUGGAGGUGGUGGAGGCGGAGGAGGAAUCAUCGAACAUCACGGUGGCGGAGGAUUUGGAGGCGGAGGCGGUGGAUACGGAGGUGGAGGCGGAGGAUUCGAUGAUCAUCACGGUGGCGGAGGAUUUGGAGGCGGAGGAGGAUAUGGAGGUGGUGGAGGGAUCAUCGAACACCAUGGAGGAUUUGGAGGCGGAGGCGGUGGAUACGGAGGUGGAGGCGGUGGAUAUGGAGGUGGGGGCGGAGGAUUCGAUGACCACCACGGUGGUGGAGGAUUCGGUGGUGGUGGUGGUGGUGGUGGUUUUGACGAUCAUCACGGUGGAGGAGGAUUUGGAGGUGGAGGCGGAGGCGGAUAUGGAAGCAGUGGCGGUGGAUUCGAUGCACACCAUGGCGGAGGUGGUUUUGGAGGUGGCGGUGGUGGAUUCGAUGAUCACCAUGGUGGCGGAGGGUUUGGGGGAGGCGGUGGAUUCGGUGGCGGCUAUGGUGGUGGCGGUGGUGUCGAACACCAUGCUAUUAGCAACAGUAUAUCGUCAGGAUUCGGCAGCAGCGGACAUGGCGGCGGUGGUGGCGGUUUCUCAGGCUAUCACAAGAAAAAAUAAGAACGAUUGAUGGAUUAAAAACUGUGGUAUUUCCGAACGUAUUUGACCGACUUCUGAUAUCGAAACGAUCAAACAUUCCUUGUGCCGUGUUUUCAGCGCGCGAUCGUUAACAUCACGUGAUCCUCGAUUGUGAACCGUCACAGCACUGCCAAUACAGAACGCCGAUUCAAAACGAUCGUUCCGAUUUCCCCUUAUUCUCGACGAUCGACUUGUUUUUCAUCUCGUCAAUAGACUUCGAGAGACUCCAUUUGACAUUUUUACUUUCGUUUUUAGAUUUCAUGUUAUCCUAUGAUGUUGCAGAGGAAAUGGAAAGUUUUAGAAAUUCGAUCGAACAAAAUUAAUAUAGCCAUACCAUGUCCGAUUUAGCGCGCCAAGUGAAAUCGUAAUAAAAAGAAAAGACGGUUAAUUUUUUUUAAUAUAAUGGAAGGACUUUCAAAAAAUUUAGGUACCAGGAAAAAGUGAAGGAAAUGAAAUUAAUGGAUAAUUUUUUUCUUUUUUUAUAAUUUAAUCAUUCGAAGAUUAAAUUAUAUCAUUCAUCAUACUCACAAUUCCAUCGAAUGUUUUAAUUAUUUUAAUGCAUAUGUUUUGCAAUUGCGACACAUCUACGUGAUUGUUUACUCGUUAUUGCGUUUUGUAUAUAUUAUAAGUUGUGUAAAUAUUUUUCAUUUACUGUUAUUUUUAAAUAAAAUAUUUUGUAUAUGUUUUGUAAAA